AUGGCUAAUAAAGAAAAAAAAAUGGAGUAAUAGAAUAACUCUUUUAAUAAUCUAGAAGAUUUAAUCAAAUCUAACUUGUAAGCUCUAACUCAUAUUGACUUACAGUUAAAAAAUUGUACUCUAAGUAAAGAAUAAGUUGCUUAGCUUAACACUUGUUUAGUCUAAUGUUAAAAAUUAGAAUCUUUAGUAUUAAAUCUUAAUAAGGAAAAUAUUUCAGAUGAUUAGAUUAAUUAAUUAUUUUUAGAAUAUCCCUACUUUAAAUCUUUUGUUGAAACUGGUAAUAAUAUGAGCAAUGAUUAAAUAUAUGACCAAAUUCUGUUUUUCAGAAGUAUUUUUUAUGAAGGAUACGAAGCUUGUUAAGAACCUAGAUUAAAUGAAAUUGAAAAUAAAAGUAAUAUUCUAUUAGAAGAAACGAUGGGUAAUCUAAUUAAUCUCAACAGUUUAGACUUAAUAUUAGAUGGAAAUUCAAUUGGUGAUGAAGGUGCAGUUUAAAUUUGCACAGUUCUACGUAGAUGUAAAACACUUACUAGCUUAAAUCUGCAGCUUUGGAAAAAUAAAAUGGGUAAUACAGGGAUGUAGAGUAUUGCAGAAGGUAUUAGUAGUUGUGUUAAACUCACAAGUUUAAUUUUAAAUGCAGGCUAAAAUUUAUUUGGGAAAGAAGGUGCAUUUUAUAUUAGUACAGCAUUAAGUAGCUGUAGAAAUUUGACGCAUUUAGAUAUUUGCCUGUCCAACAAUUAAAUUGGAGAAGAAGGAGCAUCUAUUUUUUGUAGAGUAAUAGGUAGCUGUAAAUUACUUAUUAAUCUAAAAUGCAUGCUUUGUAAUAAUUAAAUUGGGGAUGAAGGAGCAAAUUCUUUUGGAAUAGCAAUAAGUAGCUGUAAGUUACUAACUCAUUUAAAAUUUAAUCUUAGGGAGAAUAAAAUAGGUGAUAAAGGGGCAUUAAACUUUGGAUUAAGUUUAAGUAAAUGCCAUUAACUUACCAGUUUAGAUAUUGGAAUCGAAUUAAAUUAAAUUGGAAAUGAUGGAGCUUCUGCUAUUGGUAGGGCUAUUGGUAAUUGUAAAUUCCUGACAAAUCUCUAGUUUUAGAUUUAUCGAAAUAAAAUUGGAGAUAAAGGGGCUUAAAAUAUUGGAUUAGGCUUAAGGAAUUGCACUUAACUUAUAAAUUUAAAAUUUAUUAUAGGCAAAAAUUAAAUUGGGAAUGAUGGAGCUUCUACUAUUGGUACAGCACUUGAGAACUGCAAAUUCCUUAAUUAUCUCAAUUUUGAUAUUUGGAAAAAUCAAAUAGGUGAUAGAGGAGCAUAAAAUAUAGGAUUAGGUUUGAGUAACUGCACUCAACUAACAAAUUUACAAUUUUACAUAAGCGAAAAUUAAAUUGGGGAUGAUGGAGCUUCUACUAUUGGUACAGCACUUGGGAACUGCAAAUUCCUUACUAAUCUCAACUUUUAAAUUUGGAAAAAUCAAAUUGGUGAUAGAGGAGCAUAAAAUAUUGGAUUAGGUUUGAGUAACUGCACUCAGCUUACAAAUUUAGGAUUUGGGAUAAGUUCAAAUUAAAUUGGGGACGAUGGAGCUUCUACUAUUGGUACAGCACUUGGUAACUGCAAGUUCCUUACUAAUCUCGACUUUAAUAUUUAGAAAAAUCAAAUUGGUGAUAGAGGAGCAUCAAACAUUGGAUUAGGUUUGAGUAACUGCACUCAACUCACAAAUUUAGAAUUUGGGAUAGGCUAAAAUUAAAUUGGGGAUGAUGGAGCUUCUACUAUUGGUACAGCACUUGGUAACUGCAAGUUCCUUACUAAUCUCAACUUUUAAAUUUGGAAAAAUCAAAUUGGUGAUAGAGGAGCAUAAAAUAUUGGAUUAGGUUUAAGUAACUGCACUUAGCUUACAAAUUUAAAAUUUGGGAUAAGGUAAAUUUAUCUCAUUUAUAAUUUUUGA